AUGCAAAAGCAAAAGGCUCACGUUGUUAUUGUUCCGGCUUCCUUUGCCCCACCAUCGCUGUACUCGGAUUUUGUGCAGCACCUCUCAGAAUAUGGCCUGAGUGCAACCACUGUUGACCUUCCAUCUGUUGGAAAUCGUGAUCCAUUGCCAGCUGCAUCAAUGAUGGAGGAUGCGGAGCAUAUCAAGAUGGUGACGACGAAGCUAGCAGACUACGGCCAUGAGAUCAUCUUAUUGAUGCAUUCCUACGGUGGGGUGUGUGGUACCGAAAGCACGGCUGGGGUUUCAAAGGCCGAGCGGCAAGCCUUGGGGAAAACUGGGGGUAUUGUUCAUCUCGUCUACAUCAGCUCUCCAGUACCUGAAAUCGGUGGAUCUAUCGUGACAAUGAUGGGCGAGAAAAUGCCUCAUUUCAUAAAACUCGAGGGAGAUUACUUGACUUCUGAGCCUGACGGCUGCGCAAGCGUCAAUUUCUCGGACCUGCCGUACGCCCAAUCCAUCCAAUAUGCAAACCACAUGAAGGCGCAUUCAGCGACGAGCUUUGCCGAGCCACUCCAAAAUGCAGGAUACAUGAAUAUCCCAGUCUCUUACAUAAUUUGCGAAGACGAUAUUUCUGUACCCCCCGCACUUCAGAGAUCCGUCAUUGACAUGAUUGCCAUGAAGAGCGGCCGACAAGUGACCACACUCCUUUGCAAUUCUGGACAUUUCCCCAAUACUAGUGCCCCAUCUGAGCUAGCAUCUCUUAUAAAUAUCGUUGCUACUUCUUGUUGA